CCCACAUUUUCCGGUAGCACCUCUUGGUGUAGCAUGCGCUGCUGGGCUGACGCGUUUUUGCCCGACGUUGUUGGUCAUGGCAGAGGUGAUUCGGCUCUUGGAUUUCCGGAUGUACAAGACGGAGACUGCGGUCUAUUACAGCUUGCAACUCAGCAACGGCCGCGAAUGCUGGAUGGUCCAACGUCGCUACAGUGAGUUCCUCAGAUGCCACGUGAAGCUCCUGGAGCUUUUCACUCGAGAGCAGCUCCCCAACCUUCCACCCAAGGAGCCCUUCUGGCAGAAGGUCUUCGGAGCUCAAGCGCUGCGGGACGACUGGGUGGAGGAGCGCUACGCUCGACUCUUCGGAUACAUCGUUGGCUUGCUGGACAUGGAAGCUGUUCAACGCACCGACGCGCUUCUGGAGUUCCUCAACGCGCCCGAUGCCCGACGCCACGACGAGCCCGCGGCGGAUGAGCCCGGCGCAGCGGGAGCCGUCGCCGUGAUCCGUAGCGUGCGCGUGCGUUUGACCGAGGAGCCGGGCGGCGUGGAGGUGGUCAUCCGUGCUGAUGCGCCGGCGCGGUGUGCAGUGCGCUUGGCGCUACGGCCCUUGGAUGAGCUGCAGGAAUGGGCGGAGGCAAAUCCCAGCCUGGAGCCUCACGACACCAACACCUGGGAAAGGCUCUUGGAGUUGGACUUGGACCCAUCCAGCUCCGAGCUCUCGCAUCGCUUCGAGCUUCAACCUGGUUCGUUGUGGCAGGUGGCAGCUGUCGGAGUGUCGAAGGACGGCUCCAUGGGCAAUGUGGUGUGCAUCCAGAUCCGGGCGCCGGAGCAGGAGACACUCAUGCAGGUGCGACACUCCCUGGCAGAGGAUGCCCAGGUGCGAAAAGCCUUGGAGGAGAGCAAGGCUGGGACGCCUGAGGUUGCGGAUGCCAAAGAGACAGGCGCCUCCUCUGCCUCCUCAGCCACCCGCUCGAGUGAGGGAGGACUCGCAGGCGAAGCCACUGGCCAUCGCUGCGAAGAAGACACGGUGCUGAGUGAAGAAGACGAGGAGGGCGACGCUGAGGAGGUCACUGCACCGGAUGGCACAGUCACCCGGCGCCGACGCCGGCCACCGGCCGAAGCGAACUCGAAGGUGAUCUCCUAUCAGGGCAGUGUUGCCGUGGAAUACGCCCGGCGGAUCGAAGAGAAGCAACGCCUGGAGGCCGAGAAGACGCCGCACCGCUGGAGCGCCGCGAAGCGCUCCGUCCCGGUGGAUCGCCUCGAGACCAAGUGUGCCACUGGCAGCGCUGCGGAGCGGCAUCACUAUGGCACAGUGGAGGUCCUGGACAAUUCGAUUCAGGCGCACCAAGAGCAGCAACUCCGCGAGGACGAGCUGCGCUUGGCGGCGUGGAUCUUCUCCGUGACCGGCGACCCACAGUCCGGCGCCGCCGCCGCCGGCCAAGCCUCCCUGCAGGAAGCCUUGCAGACUGGUGAGGUGUUGUGUGACCUGGUGAACGCCAUUUGGCCUGGGCGGAUCGUGGGCGUCUCGCGAGGGCCACCAGCACAAAUCCUUUUUCGACGAGUCGCGAAUAUCACGCAAUUCGUCCAGUUCUGCAGCAGCCGACCCGGCCUGGCGCACAGCCUCUUCGCGCCCGCGGACCUCGCAGAGAACCGGAACUUCCGGAGCGUCGUCCGAUGUGUGUCCGCCCUGGCGCAUCAUGUCCCUGACAGUUGGGAGGGCCCACGGCUGGGACAACACGGUGACUUCGUUCGGAGCCUCUCGCCCAAGAAGCCCUAGUUCGCCGUGGAAAGUGCGCGGUGAUACGCGGUGGACAGAGAGGGGAGAGAAGGGCCCAGCGAAUCAAGCCAAAUUGAUCGAAG